AUACGACACGAAAACUAAAAAAUAUAAAGCGGUAACCGAGGGCAACUGGCGGCCCCUGCAACGUACCACAAGCGAAUCUGAGGAGGCAGUGAGAGGAACCUGGGCUCACCGUCCUCUACCUGCUGUAGGAGACCAACGAACGUGCUUGUGCUCGUAAAAACUGCCGCCAUGGCCUCCGCUCUGAAUGUAGUGAGGCUCAGAUUAGCGAGGAAUAUUUCUCGUUCAAGAUUUCUUGGCAAAUAUCUAUACACCACAUCAGCUGAUCACAACAUUGUGACGUCACCCCUACCUGACGUCGACUGGCCAUCAGGAAAUUUUACUUCACUCAUACUGAACAAAGUUACGAAAUGGGGACAUCACACUGCUACGGAGUGCAGCGUGACGGGCAGGAAGUACACCUACUCCCAGCUGGUGGACGGGGCAUCCAGGUGGGCGGGCAUGUUGACCAAGAUGGGCAUGAAGAAAGGGGAUGUGUUGGCAGUCGUCAUGCCCAACUGCCCUGAAUACCCCAUCGUCGUCUUGGGCACUCUGAUGGCUGGCGUUGUUGUGUCUACAGUGAGUUCCAAUUAUACGGCAGGAGAAAUACAUCGGCAGCUGUUAAACUGUGACGCCAAGAUGCUAAUAUACGACCCUGUCUUGGAGACCAGCGUGGACGGCGCCCUUGCACUGCUCCAGCGACCUCUUCUCGUCGUCACCAACGGUCCUUCCGCUCGCUCCGGGGCCCUCAACCUCCGCCAUGUUUUUGAGGACACCAACAUCGCCUUCAAUGAUCCGGUUGAGCUCUCUGGGGAGGAACUUGCCAUGAUGCCAUACUCCAGCGGAACCACAGGGCCUCCGAAGGGCGUCGCCAUCAGCCACAACGCCUUCGCCUCCAACAUAGUCAUGUAUUCGGUGCCGGCCAGCCUCCCUGUAAAGGAGGCAACAGCUACAAGCCAAGGGGCCUUCAUGUGCCUCCUACCAUGCUACCACAUCACCGGGAUCCUGCUCAUCAGUCUCAUAGGACUCACUAAGGGAAUCAAAGUAGUUACUGUACCCAAGUUUGACCCAAAUACAUUCGUCAGCACCAUCAGCUCACACAAGAUGAGCACCUUGCACCUGGUUCCUCCGCUUCUCAACUUCUUGCUGCAUUCCCCGUCCGUCACUGCAGAGAGCAUGGCCCAUCUGGAACACAUCGUGAUCGGAGCUGCGCCUGUGUCUCCGUCGGCAGCUCAGAGGUUCAAAGAUAAACUGAAGAAACCAAUAUUUUUCCAAGAAGGGUUUGGAAUGACUGAGGCACUGCUCACUCACAUGGUCCCAGUGGGUGUGGAUGAAGUAGGAACAUCCGGUGCUCUGUUGCCAAAUGUGAAGGCGAGGGUGGUGGACACUGUCACUGGGAAAGACCUGAAGGCACACGAGGAUGGAGAAAUGUGGCUCAAGACGCCUUCGAUAAUGCAAGGUUAUUUCAAAAACCCUACUGCCACUGCUGAGACGAUCGAUGCUGAUGGCUGGCUUCACACAGGAGACAUUGGUCACUAUGACGAAAGGGGCUUUUUCAAGAUCGUUGACCGCACAAAGGAACUCAUCAAGGUUAAGGGUCUGCAGGUCUCACCGUCCGAGUUGGAGGACCUGCUUCGUCAGUGUCCAGCUGUGGUAGACGUGGGCGUAGUAGGCGUGCCAGACGACCGGCUGGGAGAAGCACCACGGGCCUACGUCGUCACUUCCAAGAUGGUUUCGGAGGAGUUCAUCCACGGGUUCUUGGAAGACAAGGUGGCUCCUUACAAGAAGCUCGCCGGCGGAGUGCACUUCGUCAAGGAGCUGCCGAAGAACGCAACGGGGAAGCUGCUUCGUCGGGAACUGAAGAAGAUGGUCUCAGAGGACAGUGCUUAGGAAAUGGCUGAGGUCUGCGUGGCGUUUUAAAAAUGUGGAACGUCUGACAAGAACCCUGAUAGAACACGGUCCCCUUUACUCACGCAAAAGCUACAGGAAAGAGAAUACCUGUCAUUGCAGAAUCAGCACUUACUAUUUAUUUGUGAUAUUGUGAUAAUAUAGAGCGUUAAUGAUAUAAAUGUGUAUAUGUAUAUUUUCUAUUAAUUAAUUUUUUGUUACAAAUAAUUAACGUUUAUCUAUGUCAUAUGUAUGGCUUUUUUCAUUUGAGUGCGUGUGUGUGUGUGUGUGUGUGUGUGUGUGUGUGUGUGUGUGCGCGCGCGCACUUUCUUGUGUGUGGAUUUUUGUAUUUAUGACAGUCUGAAUCUGUUAAUUUCUUUUCAUUGUUUUGGUUUUGGUGAAUAUAUUUAUUUCCGUAGAGAAUAUAUCAGAGUUGACAAUAUUUAAAUAAUAAAAGUAAAUGUAUUAUGUAA